UUAUACACCUUUUUAAACGCUCUCUCUCUCUCUCUACCUCCAAAUUCUAUUGCCGGAGAAUUCUCAUUAAAAAACAAUUUAAAAAAAAAACUGAAAAAUUCAUCGAAUUCUCCGGCAACUGAAAUGCCCCAAAACCUGCCACAACACUUCCCUCUCUAAGCAAUCCACCAAAACGACAACAAAAGGAGAAGAAACGACCAAAAAAGCAAGCAAGAUGUCGGUGUACGACGCUGCGUUUGUGAACUCGGAGCUGUCGAAGCCGACAUCAAUCUUCGGCCUCCGGCUAUGGGUGGUCAUCGGGAUCCUCGUCGGGUCCCUCAUCGUCAUCACUCUCUUCCUCCUCUCCAUCUGCAUCACCUCUCGCCACCGCACCAACGGCAAGGCCACCGCCAAAACGGCGUCGUCUUCUAAGCCGGCCAUGGCGGCCUCCGAUGUCCACACUCCGGUGAUCUCCAAGGAAAUCCAGGAGAUCGUGCACCACCCGAGGGAGGCCGAAAUCCAGGUCGAGAUCGGGAAGCCCGACCACCGCGUCGUCGUCUACUCGGAUCGGGUCUCCAGUGGCGAGAGCCGAGGGACAAUGAUGAGCGGCGGCGGCGUAGGAGGAGAUACGGCGUCGUUCGGCGGGAGCGGGAAUGUGGGCCCCGAGGUGUCGCAUCUCGGUUGGGGGAGGUGGUAUACUCUCAGAGAGCUCGAAGCGGCGACCAACGGACUUUCUCCGGAGAAUGUCAUUGGAGAAGGAGGCUAUGGGAUUGUGUAUGGUGGGAUUCUUGGUGACGGUACUAGAGUCGCCGUUAAGAAUCUCUUGAAUAACAGGGGUCAAGCUGAGAGGGAGUUUAAGGUGGAGGUUGAAGCAAUUGGGCGUGUGCGGCACAAAAAUCUUGUGAGACUGCUUGGAUAUUGUGUUGAGGGUGCAUAUCGGAUGCUUGUGUAUGAGUAUGUUGACAAUGGCAAUUUGGAUCAAUGGCUUCACGGAGAUGUUGGUGAAGUCAGCCCACUAACAUGGGAGAUACGUAUAAACAUCAUACUGGGAACAGCAAAAGGGUUGGCUUAUCUUCACGAGGGUCUUGAACCAAAAGUUGUCCAUCGUGAUGUUAAAUCUAGCAACAUACUACUUGAUCGUCAAUGGAAUGCGAAGGUAUCUGAUUUCGGUCUUGCUAAGCUCCUGUGCUCUGAGAACAGUUAUGUGACAACUCGAGUGAUGGGGACUUUUGGCUAUGUUGCACCAGAAUAUGCUUGCACUGGAAUGCUGAAUGAGAAGAGUGAUGUUUAUAGCUUCGGAAUUCUUAUCAUGGAACUAAUCUCUGGGAGAAGCCCUGUUGACUAUAGUCGACCACAGGGAGAGGUGAAUCUGGUUGAUUGGUUAAAAUCCAUGGUUGGGAACCGAAAAGCUGAGCAAGUAGUUGAUCCCAAGAUGCCUGAGAUGCCUGCUUCUAAAGCACUUAAACGUAUUCUUCUGGUCGCCCUCCGAUGUGUUGAUCCUGAUGCAACAAAGAGGCCAAAAAUGGGACAUGUAAUCCACAUGCUAGAGGCAGAUGAAUUGCUCAUUCGUGAUGAGCGCCACAUUAAGAAAGAUUGUUUCCAGUCAAAUCGUGAUUACCAGCGGGAGAAUCCUGGUGUUGCGAAGAUAGGUGAUAAACAAUUGGGUGUAGAGACUUCUGAUACAAGCGAUGGUAAUAGUGUCAGGAGUCAUCAUCAGCCAACAAGGUGGAGAUAACGAUGACAUUGGAGGAUUUGAUGACUAACAGAUAAGAUUCCAGUUUUGAAGCUCAAUUUCAUUUCCCACAAAUUUAUUUUUUUGAUGUACCUUCAAUUGCAUAAGAUAAAACCGACAGUUCUGCAUUUGUUGUAUGCUUAGCUUCCUUACCUUUGUCAAAUGUACCUGCAUCAAAUUGUGAUGCCCUUGUACAAUUGGAAGAAAUUUAUUUAUUUAUCCCUUGUUAUAGGUACCAUAGGUCAUCAAAUUUGUUCCGUUUGUAAAACAUAAUGUUGCUAGUGUUACCGUAGAGAUACAUUAUUUCCUAAUGUCUACAUUAUAAAAAGCCAAUUUAUAUAAUGACAUU